UGAGUGUGAGUGAGUGUGUGUGAGGGUGAGGGAGAGGGAGCGUGGCCGCAGCCGCCCCGCGUCUGCAGAGCCAGGGCCGCGCAGGGACCCGCGACACACCGCAGCUCCUCCGGCAGCACCUCCGAGCGCCCGCCCCGCCGUCUCCAUCCGCCCUCUUGCAGGAAUGGUUAUUCGGUUGCCUUGGAGAUGAUCUUGCUGCUGUAAAUGUAGGGCAGAAGUUUAAUGGUGUGGGCAGUAUGGACCUAAUGAACGGCCAGUCCAGCAGUGUUAAUAUUGCAGCUACUGCCUCAGAGAAGAGCAGCAGCUCUGAGUCCUUGAGUGACAAGGGUUCAGCUGAGCUGAAGAAGAGCUUUGAUGCAGUGGUAUUUGAUGUUCUAAAGGUUACACCAGAGGAAUAUGCGGGUCAAAUAACAUUAAUGGAUGUGCCUGUAUUUAAAGCAAUUCAGCCAGAGGAGCUGGCAAGCUGUGGCUGGAAUAAAAAAGAGAAAUACAGUUCUGCACCAAAUGCUGUUGCUUUCACCAGAAGAUUCAAUCACGUAAGCUUCUGGGUUGUUAGAGAGAUUCUGCAUGCACAGACUUUAAAAAUACGAGCCGAGGUUUUGAGCCACUACAUCAAAACUGCGAAGAAACUAUAUGAGCUGAAUAACCUCCAUGCUCUCAUGGCAGUGGUGUCGGGCCUCCAGAGUGCUCCGAUCUUCAGGCUGACCAAGACGUGGGCGUUACUGAGUCGGAAGGAUAAAGCCACCUUUGACAAGCUGGAAUAUGUUAUGAGUAAAGAAGAUAAUUACAAAAGGCUUAGAGACUAUAUCAGCAGCUUGAAGAUGACUCCUUGUAUUCCCUACUUAGGUAUUUAUCUGUCAGAUUUGACAUAUAUUGACUCUGCCUACCCCUCAACAGCAAGCAUUCUGGAAAGUGAGCAAAGAACAAAUUUAAUGAACAACAUUCUUCGAAUUAUCUCAGAUUUGCAGCAGUCGUGUGAAUAUGAUAUUCCUAUGUUGCCUCACGUCCAAAAAUAUCUAAACUCAGUUCAGUACAUAGAAGAGCUGCAAAAGUUUGUAGAAGAUGACAAUUACAAACUUUCAUUAAAGAUUGAACCAGGGACCAGCACCCCCCACUCUGCUGCUUCCAGAGAAGAUUUAGUAGGCUCUGAAGUUGGAGCAUCUCCACAAAGUGGACGGAAAAAUGUUGCAGCUGAAGGAGCUUUGCUGCCACCAACACCCCCUUCACCUCGGAACCUGAUACCCCAUGGACAUAGGAAAUGUCACAGUCUGGGAUACAAUUUCAUACACAAAAUGAACACGGCUGAAUUUAAAAGUGCGACAUUCCCCAACGCAGGACCACGGCACCUGCUGGAUGACAGCGUCAUGGAGCCCCAUGUCCCAUCCCGAGGGCAGGCUGAGAGCUCCACCCUUUCCAGUGGAAUUUCAAUAGGUAGCAGUGAUGGUUCUGAACUCAGUGAAGAGACUUCCUGGCCAGCAUUUGAAAGGAACAGGUUGUACCAUUCUCUCGGUCCGGGGACAAGAGUGUCACGAAAUGGCCAUCGAGGCCACAUGAAGGCCAGCAGCUCCCUAGAAUCUGAAGAUUUGGCUGUUCAUUUGUAUCCAGGAGCAGUUACUAUUCAAGGUGUUCUCAGGAGGAAGACUUUGUUGAAAGAAGGCAAAAAACCUACAGUAGCAUCUUGGACGAAGUACUGGGUAGCACUGUGUGGAACCCAACUCUUCUACUAUGCUGCAAAAUCCCUGAAGGCUACAGAGAGAAAACAUUUCAAAUCCACACCGAGUAAGAGCGUCUCAGUGGUGGGCUGGAUGGUGAUGAUGGCAGAUGACCCUGAGCAUCCAGAUCUCUUCUUAUUGACUGAUUCUGAGAAGGGAAAUUCAUAUAAAUUUCAAGCUGGAAACAGAAUGAAUGCCAUGCUCUGGUUUAAACACCUGAGUGCUGCCUGCCAAAGCAACAGACAACAGGUUCCUGCCAACUUGAUGACCUUUGAAUAGCAGGCAAAUUCAAAACAAUAAAAAAGGACAAUUUGUACCACCUUAUAAUUGAGAACAAGGUCCUGAUGAAAAACGUGCCAGCUGUAUCCUGUGCCAGAACAGAACUUAUCAACUCAGUCUCUGAACUCUGGAGCCCUGAACAAAACGACUAAUGGCUGGGGAAGUGGAGUGCCCCAAAUUAAAAAUGGAGUUGCAACAUGAAUUGCCAUGGACCAUGCUUCAUUAUGUUCUCAGAACUGACCUGUGGAAACCACUGCCUUAAAGAGUGAAAGGAAAAACAACAUGAAACACCAAAUAGUGUGUGUGAAACUUCUGGCGGUGCUGUGCUUGAGUUAAAUAGAUUGUAGCUAGUUUUGAGUUUCUUUUAACUUUAUACUAAUUUUGAAAAUAACUCACCUUUUUAGGCAUUCUUAAGUAAACAGGUAAACUGGUAUUUAAGAGUUGUAUCAAAAGCUGUGUAUGAUCCAGGGAAAAGGUACUACAUGUUCUGGAGAUGUUGUUUAGGCUAUACCAGGAGUCCUGGAGGGGAGCUUGUCCCAGGAGCAUGUAGCCUGGAGCAGCAUUAUUUCUCUCAGACCUGUAAGAAAUGUAACACAACUGCAAGUUGAGAGAAGCACUGAGCUUGCAAACCUUGGUCCUGUAUGGGAGCCAGGCUCCAACAGUGGCACAGAGGCUGAGCCAAAAAUCAGUUUGGUACAUUUUGACCUAAUUCCUGGUUAAAAACACGUGUUUUGGGCAGUCGGGGAAGGGUGUGUGUACGAGACAAAACUGAAAGCACUGUUGGGUCAGAACUGAGUGGUUUUGUCCUAUUUGUUUCUAUGCCUGUGACUCUCCUACACAGAAAAGCUGAAUGACAAAACACCAACACCCAGGUACAGCUCACUGAGAUGUUAGACUUUGGGUGUCUGCUAAUUAUCAGUUAGGGACCACUGUUAGUGUGUGGUGUUUCAUAAUAUCACUUCAGAUGGACAUUUUAAAAAGAUAGAGGCACAAUUUCAAGCUUUCAUGUUCUCAUUUGGCAAUAAUUGAUUUUAGUAUCUGUCUUAGUCAAAGUAGUUGACGUUGUGUGGUGUUGAUAACAUGGCCUAAAGCAGACAUUACAUACAGAUGCUCUUUUGAUCUUCAGGCAAUUAACUGAUUUAUUAGGAGGUAGGAUAAUCUAAGGAGAGAAAAGGUGUGGGGCCAUCAAAAUUCCAUCUUUGACAGGAAUCAUUCUUGGUCACUGAAAUUACUCACAGAGAAAAACUUAAUGGUUGUAAAAAGGGAGCUGUUCUUUAUUGUGUGUGUUUGAUGCUUAAGACUUUGAUUCUUGCUUUAUUGGGGUUUCCUUGACAUCACCUAGUUUUCUGGAUGAUUUUCAUUUCCUGGAUGGUCUUUUAAUCUUCAAAAACAUGAUCUUUGUAAAUCAAGGAAACAUUGUCCAAAAUAUGAUAUUGGAACUUUGAAGUCUGUGAAAAACUAGUAACUGUUCCAUUAACAUUGUGGUUUAGUGACCAUAAAUAUGCUUGCAGAUUCCACCAUGAAUUCUCCUUUUUAAACAGAUACAAGCUACCUACCAGUCUGUUUCAGAGUUAUCUGACUAUCAAAUAAAGGUUUCUACUAGUA